UUUGACUGAAAAGAGAAAAAUUAAAGUAAUUUCCUUUCUCUUCCCUUCAUUUCCUAUUCAUCAACCAAAUAUUAGAAAAUAAAAUCACCUUCCUUUCCCUUCUUUUCCUUUCUUUUCCCUUUCCAUCCUUUCUCUUCUUUUCCUUUACUAAUAUUGAACCAAACAAAGCCUAAGGCGAAUGACCCAAAAACUCCAAAAGAACCUUCCCAUUUUUUCUCCUCAAAAUCGAAGUCGAUAUCUAUAAAGACCCGACCUUAAUUUUGUGCCCAAACUUGAGUGUUGGAAGAUCACUUAAUUUGAGAAAUACCCAGAAACAUUCUGAAAUUAAGUAUCUUUGUUAAACACCCAUUAACAAGAUCAAAUAAUCCUCCAUUGUUCAAUCCCAAUGCGUGGUUUAGCGGCUCAGAUUUAUACUUAUUUUUGCAGAAUUAGACCAGGAAAUGUACAAUCUAAUGGCAACUCUACAUUUCUCAGAACAAAAGGAUUUUCAGAAGAAUUAACUCUUGAAGAAGAUGCUGAAAGAAAAAUUGGAUGGGUGCUUAAGCUUAUAUUUGCUGGCACUGCUACUGCUGUUGGUUACCAUCUUUUCCCUUACAUGGGAGAUAAUUUGAUACAACAAUCUGUGUCACUUUUGCAAGUAAAAGAUCCCUUAUUUAAGAGAAUGGGUGCAUCUAGGAUUGCUCGUUUCGCUGUUGACGAUGAAAGGAGGCUGAAGAUUCUAGAGAUGGGUGGAGCUGAAGAGCUUGUGAAAAUGCUGGACACUGCUAAAGAUGACCGAACUAGAAAAGAAGCACUUAAAGCACUUUCCGCUCUUUCAGCUUCAGAUGAAGCUGCUGCUGCGUUACACCAAGCUGGAGCAAUUUCAGUGAUCAGGUCGGUUCCAGACCCUGCUAAGGAUCAAGACAUCACCACUUACAAGUCAAGUUUACUGAAAAAGUUUGAAGAUUUGUGAUACAACUGAAAAUUUUGGCUUUUAACUAAUAUUUUCAUCUUGAGGGUAUACAUUUACAGAUGCAGCAUGAUUAAUUACGACUCUUUUGAAGACUAGAAUCAGAUGUGCUGCCCUUUCAGCAACAGGUGCAGGUGCAGCAUGUUUUAUGUUCUUUUUAAUGUAUUUGUGCAAGGAGGUUUGCUGAGUUUAGUGCCCUGUAAAACUGUGUCAAUUCCUGAUAAUUUCAAUAUGUGAUUCAUACUUCAUGGAGUGUGACCCAUUUUUAGAGUUAUGAUCUUGAUUGGCACUGGUCUAUUUAAUUAAUGUAAUUGUUGAUCAAAUAAUUGUCUCACUUUACUUGUUCAUUUCUUAAUA